UCCUCCUCCGCCUCGUCCACUUAUUUCUCGCCGCAUCUCAUCCGCCACCUGCCACAGCAGCGACGCAGCGAUGGAGGGCUGCCGCACACCAUUGUAACCUCGCGGAAGGACCACAGUCGAGAGAGAAAGAGAAGGGCACAGAUGAAAAGAUAGGCGGGCUAAAGAAAGAGAGACGGAGAGAGAAAGAGAGAGAGAGAGAGAGUGACAAGCGGAAACACAGAAACAUAUGGUUUGUCUGAAGAGCGGCUGUUUCUGAGCACUGCUGAACUGGGCUGAAACUUAUUCAACCCCCGUGAUCAACUACGCGGCACGUUGGAUUCGUCCUUCUCAUUGUUGUUUUUGACACUUCUUUGCCUUCUUUUCGUGCGUUUCUCGGCCGUGUGAGGCUGCGCUUGCACCUCUGCCUGAUUAGUAGAUUGCGGUUGUUGUACCUCCCUGAACGCGCGCGCACAUACACACACACACACACACACACACACACACACACACACACACACAUAUGCACGAUCACCGAUCAUCACAAGACGCGGUCCAGCCUUGAGAAGCUUCUUGCAAGGAGGAAAUUGAAUUACACAAGUUAUUCCCACAGAGGAGGAGGACAAGAGGGGCUGGUUUUCGGUUUUCGUUUGCCUCCUCCGAGCCCACCAGGAGUCCCCCCCCGUCCCCCCGUCCCCUCUCUCUCUCCUCCUCCCACCUUCCCCCGGUAACAAGCCAUGUCUGGACAGACUGUGACCAUACCGGACGACCGGGCGUUCGCCAGCUUCAAGGCCGAGUGUCUUUGCGAGGAGGGCUGGAGUAUGUCCUACAGCAAAGGGGGCAUCACGGUGUGGACCCAGGGUAUAGAGGAAGGGAAGUCCGUCCACAAAAUUAAGUGUCGGAUGGUGUCUACGGACGUGUCAGCUGAGACCAUGUACGACGUUCUCCAUGACACUGAAUACAGAAGGAAAUGGGACACAAACGUCAUCGAGACUUUCGAUAUCGGAAAACUCACGGUCAAUGCGGAUGUUGGUUACUACUCAUGGAAGUGUCCAAAACCUCUUCGGAACCGCGAUGUCAUCACGCUUCGCUCCUGGCUGCCAAUAGGGAAAGAUUACAUCAUCAUGAACUACUCCGUCAAACAUGCCAAAUACCCUCCUAAAAAGGACAUGGUGCGAGCUGUGUCCAUUCAGACUGGCUACAUGAUCCAGAGCCAAGGACCCAGCCAUUGCACCAUCACGUACAUGGCCCAGGUAGAUCCAAGAGGUUCAUUACCCAAGUGGGUUGUCAACAAGUCUUCCCACUUCCUUGCUCCUCGAGCAAUGAAGAAAAUCAACAAAGCCUGUUUGAAGUAUUCAGAGUGGAAGCAGAGACACAACCCUGGUUUCAAGCCCUGGCUUUAUCCUGAACAGACUACAUUACCCAGCAUUCCACUCUCUGAGCUCAGCAUCCAGCAUGCCGAGAGCCUGGAGAAUAUUGAUGAGAGCUCUCUGGCUGAGGCCCACGAGAGGGAAGACAGCGACUAAACAAACAUGCAAACACACACACACACACGCAAACACACACACACACACACACAGAUACAGACACUGUCAUGUAUUCAUACACACACACAAACAGUAAUGCAGUGACACAGGCAUGCCUGGUACACAUGUGAUUCUGUAUGUAUGUGUGUGUGUGUGUGUAUACAUGCACACGCAAUCUUGAUUCCAUACUUUACAUGCAUUUGCAUAUCCAGGCAUACUAACAGGCACAUGGUUGUAAGCAUUCAUACACACAGCCCAACUCAUAUUUCACCAACUUGAUUCCACACUUAAAUACAUAAUGUAUGAACAUGUAUAUAUACAAAUACACAUCAUUGAUGCACUCACAGAUAUACACACCCACCCACUCAUAAGGGGCUGCAAGACUACUUAUGUUUACAAGUCAGUAAACUAGUAUUUAACAAAGUCAAAAAAUUGGCUGUAAAUGUGAUUUUUCAUGCCCUUUUAAGGGAUAUCAAAUUUUUCUAAUCGGGACCUAUGCAGAUUAUCAUAGCAAAAUAUAUUUUCAUUAAGAUCUGCUGUGAAAACAAUCCUACUGUCUUUCAAAGUAUGAACAAUGAAUUUCAAAAUUAUACUUUCUUCCUGGGAAAACACUGGUGCAACCCCUAAUGGUCAUGUAUGCAGUAAAAACAUACCUUGUAGACAUAGGGACACACACCAUUCAUUCAUACGAUAUAUAUGCACUCAGACAUGUAUACACACUAGGUUUGCAUCUUUCUGCCCAUGUUGUCUCUCUGUCACUCAUUAUGUGUCCCCAUCACAUUUUGUAAGCACAUAAUAAAUAUGCAGGUGUGCAGAAGGCAGCUGGAACCCCAAACCCAACCUGCAACCCUAACACACACACACACACACACACACACACACACACACACACACACACACACACACACACACACACACACACACACACACACACACACACACUCACACACAUUCACACACACACAUUUUACACUGACAUGUACCAUCUGCACCCGUAUUUGAGAGAUGUAUGAAUGUAUGUAGAGUUUAAAAAUUAAAUACAGAUUCCUACAAAGGUUUUGAAAUUUC